UGGGCGGUGCUGCUGGCGCUGUUCGCGGAGGUGGAGCUGGGGCUGCCCUACUUCGUGCUCUCCCUGCUCUACUGGAUGUACGCCGGCACCCGCGGCCCCGCCGAGCAGCGGCGGGGCGAGCUGAGCGCCUACUCCGUCUUCAACCCCGGGUGCGCCGCCAUCGCGGGGACGCUGACGGCCGAGCAGCUGGAGCGGGAGCUGCAUUACCGGCCCGCCGCCGGGAGGUAG